CUGCGACUAUUUGACGCGGAACCGCCGUUGCUUAUCAUUCUUCGAGAAGAGCUCUCAAUGAAAUAAGCCGCCGUCGAAUUCUGGUGGAAUUUCUGCCGGAUGAGAGUGGAAGCUAUCGAGGUCGGUCAUGCCGAAGACGGCUUCAGGGCGCAGUUGCACGAAAGUGUAAGCACGCAGAACUUAGUCGAUGUCAUCGACCUAGAGGAGAAUCCGUUCUCCGACUCCGAUUCUGACGCUGAAACCCUCGCCUGUGGACCUGGAAUCAAGGACUGGCUUGUUUUGAGCUGCGUCUCGUUCGUUGCCAUGAUGGAUGCAUUUCAUGCGACAAUGAUGACACCCGUCGUACCGGUUUUUGCAGGUCCUCUCAACUGAGUUUGAACGACCGUUUCGGAGCAUCCUAUGGGUGGACACGUCGUACCUCCUCGCAAGCGCCGCAAGUCAGCCAAUCUUCGCCAUGCUGUCCGAGGUAUUUGGCCAGGGACCAGUCCUCAUCGCGGCGGUCGUGAUAGCUAUAGCCGGAACCGGGGUAUGCAGCGGUUCAAUGGGUAUACCGAGCCUGGUCGCAGGACGACUUGUGCAAGGAGCCGGCAGUGGAGGUGCCAUGGCCGUGUCGCUGCUGUUAGUGGCUGAUCUGAUUCCGUGCACACAACGCGUUCGAUUUUCGGAUUAUACUUGCCGAGCGUGGGCUUUAGGAGCGAUGCUUGGGCCACUCUCGGGAGGGUUCUUUGGCAAAUAUGGAAAUUGGAAUUGGACGUUCUACUUCAGUUACAUGUUCAGCACUUUGAGCCUCCUUGUGACGCCAUUUGCGAUUAACCUCCGCGAAUGCACGAGCAUAUCCCGACGCGCAGCACGUGAGAUGGAUUGGCUGGGCGCAAUAUUGACGUUUUUUGGGAUUGGUUCCCUUCUGCUCGGGGUCAGCUGGAUGGGCCAGAGACCGUCGGAUUGGGACGACUGGCGCAUUCUAGUUUCAAGCUGCAUUGGCGGGCUGGCAAUGGUCGUCUUGGUGCUCUAUGAGAGCGUGUGGGUGGCGCAACCCAUGUUCAAUCUUGGAAUCUUCAACUCGAUUUCCACGGUCAUGUUAUAUGCCGGAAAUUUACUUCAUGGGAUUCUGAUUCUCUCCCACCUACAGAAUCUCUCCAUGUACAUCUUUCUUGUCAAACGAUUUCCUUCGCCCCUUACGGGCGUAAGUAUCUUGGCCGUCACCGGCCCAGCGUUCCUGAUACUUUUGCUAUUGGGUAAGGUGCGUCCCGGUCGAUACCCCUUUCGUUCACGCUGGAUAAUCCGUGCUGGCUGGACGCUAAGCAUUCUUGCCACCGGGUGCUUUAUAUUUCUGAACCACGACACUUCGACCCCGAGCUGGGUAUUUACUUUCUUUGCGACCGGUCUCAGCCACGUCUUACUUGCGUUUGGAUAUAAUAACUGCACCCAUACGGAUUCUCUUAUGCGCAAGCGCGAAGAACAAGUGGAAAGUCGAGACACGCGACAAGGAAGAGGGAGCAGCCCUGCAUUCGCCAUACUCAUGCAUUCGGUCUUACGGACAUGGGGAAUGUGCAUCGCAGUGCCUGUUGGCGGCACGAUUGUCUUGACGCAGAUGGCGCAAGACAUUGAUCGAAGUUCUAUCGACUCUUCCAGCGGGCUCGUUGGGCAGGUCGGAAUCAUACUAUCCCCGGAUAAUCAGGAAGAGCUGGGUCGUCUCUUUCUUGAUGGUUUUCGGGUGGUUUGGCGGUUCUUCCUCGGUGUAUCUGCACUGGGCGGGAUUUCUUCCUUGUUGAUUCGGUAAUAACCUCUUCGUUUGUACGGAACUAGAGUGGGGAUAUGCAGGAAUGAUAUGGCUAGAUAAAGAUAGAUUUGAGAAAGAUUGCUUGUUAGAUGUUGGAUCCCAAAUAGCGGUAAUAGUAGCUGUUGGAAUGGUCCAGCCAUGACUGGUCUGGUAGCUCGUGGUCGCCAGUCCCCAGGUACAAGCUAAUGUCCACCCAGU